AUGGGCCAACAUUUCUCACUACUCGACCAAUGGUUUCCUCCUCGUCCUCUCUGGAGCGUCGCUGACAUCCCCGACCUCACCGGGAAGGUCGCACUCGUAACAGGCGGUAACGCGGGCAUCGGGCGAGAGCUCGUCAAACAGCUACUCACACGUAAGGCGACCGUAUACCUCGCCGCCCGCUCCGAGAACAAAGCCACGCAAGCCAUCGACGACCUCGAAACAGAAACGGGGCACCGCGCUCGUUUCAUACGGCUCGAUCUCGCAGACAUAUUCGCCGUGCGUGCUGCCGCAGCCGACUUCCUCGCGAAAGAAAGCGAACUGCAUCUUCUCUUCGCCAAUGGCGGCGUGAUGUGGCCUGCGCACAGCGAGCUCACAGCCGACGGACUGGAUCUCCAAUUCGGCACCAACGUCGCGGGACACUACGCGCUCAUCAAGCUUCUCCUCCCCGCUUUGCGCGCUGCUUCCUCUCCCGAUAACAAGGCUCGCGUAGUUGUGACGAGCAGUAUGGCUGCGUAUCUCGCCACGCUACGAUUCGGGAGCUUCGAGGCCGGAGAGACGCGAGAUGGGAUGACGACGUACGACCUUUACGACCAAAGCAAGCACGGCUCCGUGGUGCUCGCAAAAGAGCUUGCGAGGCAGUACGGAGACGUGUUGACCAUUACCUCGUGCAACCCAGGCAACCUCCGCACCGAGCUACAACGCAACGUACCCCAACCACUCCGCUGGCUACUGCAGUAUGGUCUGCUUUACCCUGUGCCGUACGGCGCCUUGACGCCACUCUACGCUGGCGUCGCGACCGAGACAGCAGACGCGAAUGGAAAAUUCUUUGUGCCUUGGGCGCGUGCGGGCGAAUGCCGACCGGAGGCGAGCGAUCCCGAAAUGGGGAAGAAACUUUGGGCGUGGCUUGAGAGCGCCACAGGUGUAUGA